GACUCUCGUCCGAUUUGGACGCCAUAUAUCAUCACCAUCGCUAUGGGUGGAACGGACGUAUCCUCGAUAGUGUCGUCCAUCAUAACAGCUUUAGGAAGCGGGCUGAAUAUCUUUCACCGUAUAAGUGGAAAGAAGAGGAAAUCAAACGCAAGGCUUCCGCGACCAUCUGAGGAAGAAGAAUGGCUACGACAGUCCCUAACGACUCGACCUGUGCAAAUCAGAAACGAAUACGAUCAGAGUGUAGCAAAACAUGGAAACAGAUUCGAAAUCGGAGACGAAGUGGCCCAUAGCAGUCUGGCACAUACUCUGCUCGUUCUGAAUACUGGACUGGUCAAUCUCAUCAAUCAUACAUUGUCAGCUGGUCCAAGGAAGAAGAUUGCGUCGAGGCAGACAUUGUAUAAUCUGUCCGAGUCUGCUGCUUUAGAUACUAUGACUGCACUUGGACAACUCAGCUCGCGGUUGAGUAUUGCACGGCAGUUAAGAUUGCCAGCUGAAGCCGGACAGGCCAGGCCAGGAUACCAGACAGGGCAUCACAAGAAGGACAAGCCCAGUACGACCGGUCGACCAUCACCGUCGCCGUUAUUAGUACGUGGUGGCUGGGUCAGGAGCAAAAGUGGCAACUCUGUGGUCUCUGCUGCUGCGGCAAGAAAGGCCAGGGGGUCGCAACCUCAGAGGCAUGGUCGAAGUAAAUCAGAAUCGAAUCUGUCGGAGUCUGCCAAUGUUCAAAAUCGAAAAGAUGUCGAAAAGGACGACAACUCAUCUCCCUGCCCAGACAAACGCAGAAACCAUCAACCAUGGGGUGAGGCAAACACUCAGCGACCACCGAGCAUGCUGCUUGUACCUUCAGAUUUCUUCGAUCAGCCUUACACCGAUCUACAGGAGCAGCAUCAGCCGCCGCCGCCGCCGCCACGACCACCAAAGAUCCCACUUGGCACCAGCGAUAAUCGACGUUUGAGACGUAGAGGAGGUCGCCCAGUUUCCACCAUGACAUUCAUGACGACCAGUACAAAAAUUGGCGAGAUACCCGAGUCUCGUGUUCAGAAUCAAGUAUACUCAGACGAACCCAGAGUCGGGUUAGUCUCCACUGCCGUGCAUCCAGCCUUGGAAGACAGUCAACCGAAGAAGAGGAAAGGUUUCAGAUUUUGGAAAAAGGACGACAAGUCUCGUGAUGUUACAAAUCACUAAAGGAAUCGAACCGAUUAAUGACAGUGGACUGUUGCCAGGGUAUUUGUGUUUUGAUGGACCGUGAAGGAACUUUUGUAGGUAAUGAUCAAUGACUAUUCUGCACGAAAAUGAAUUGAUG